CUGCUCAGUUGCCGACUGAGUGAGGAAGAGGAGAGGGGGAAGGAGGAAAAAGAAGUGGAGACGAGGAAAGGGAGGAGAUUGCACUGAGUUGGGGAGAUGGAGAGGAGCAGGAGCACGGUGGUGGUGACAGGUUUUGGCCCCUUUGGAGAACACACUACCAAUGCGAGCUGGGUUGCUGUGCAGGAAUUACAGAAGCUUGGGUUGGGUGAUGAAGUCAAUCUAUAUGUGUACGAGAUUCCAGUGGAGUACCAGAAGGUCCUGGAUUUAAUCCCUUCUCUAUGGAAACGCCAUAAUCCAGAGUUAUUCAUCCACGUCGGAGUUUCAGGAAUGGCCACCACUGUGACAUUGGAGAAAUGUGGUCACAACCAGGGCUAUAAAGGGCUGGACAAUUGCUGCUACUGCCCAGAUAGCCACUGCUGUGUUCAGGGAGGACCAGACUGCCUUGAAUCCAUUGUCGACAUGGAUGUUGUCUGCAACAAAAUCACGGAUCCACAACUAGACGUGGUUAUUUCGGUGUCAAAGGAUGCAGGAAGGUACCUCUGUGAUUUUACCUACUAUACCUCUCUGCAUCUGAGCCACGGGAGAUCAGCCUUCAUACACGUCCCUCCGCUGGGAAAGCCUUACACAGCUGAGCAGUUGGGAAGGGCUCUUCAAACCAUUAUCGGGGUGAUGUUGGGCAUGCUCCAACAUUCCAACACCAAGAUGAACUGCCUGGUGGAGCACUGAGGUUUCGGAAGCUGACAAAGGCGCAAGAGGACCCAAAAUCAACGUCAUAACUUAUCUUUCCAACCAGUUUUGGGGAACUUUCCUGGUCCCAGCUGCCAUUGUAAAGUUCACCUGUUUAGGAGUGGGGAGGGGCAAUUGAGUGAAGCCUGCAACAUGGUAAUUAUUGUAUCUUUAGGGGUGGAGGGAAAGUACAAAUCUCAUUCGGAGCUUGAAGCCCCAAGAGCCAAGUCAGGGCUAAAAUGUUGAGUAACCAUUUCUUGGGCUUCUGUAAACUAUAUGAUGCACAUAAUGCUGUGUUCACUCUGUGUAUGUUUUAAAGUUGUUUUCCAGUUUGCAAUUUUAAUCUGAGCCCAGGACAGCACGAAUAUUUUUGGCCUUAUAUUAUUUUUUGAUAAUUGUUUUGUCUUGUGUCUCUGACAGAUGAUCACAGAAACUAAACUUUGAGCACUCUGCUGAACGUCACCCCAGAGUCUAAAAUAUUUCAACUCCUAAGGAUGGAUGCACUUGGGCACUUAGAGAUAUUAUUACAUAAAGACGUGCUGUCAGCCUAUGUAUGCAACGUUUGCUAUGUACUUCAGUCAGUCUUGCCUAGAUUUAGUAUUAAGUAAGGUGUAAAUCAAAAACUAACCAUAGCUUAAGUACUUUGAACUAGGUUGACAUAAUCCAUGUGUAAUAACUUUUAGUUUAAUUCAGCUACUUAAACCUUUAUGUUUUUGCGGUUGUGGAUUUUGAGUGUCCGAGUAAAACUCAUUAUAAAAUCUUAGCUCACUUCCCUCAAGUGCUGUUAAAUAUUGCCUCAUUCCCCAUCCCUUCUCAAUGUUUUUAAGGAACUCCCUACAGCCACAUUAUUAGUAGAGUAUUAUUGGAGUUCAGAGCUAUUGCUAAAAGCUGCCCAUCUGCCACUUGCUAAGGAAUAGGAUCUCCCCUUGGCACAAUGCUGGUUUCCCCAGGGGUUAACAAUAUUCUGCAAAAAAAGUCUUUUACCAUCUGUCUGUUGCAGCUCUCCAGCAACGGAUGUUCUCCACUGUGUACAUGUUUCUCUAUGUUCACCUGGGUUAGAUACUACAGGGGAGCUUUAACUGAUUGAGCCUUUCCUUCAGAAGGAAUUCGUUUAGCACUGAGCACCUACGAAAUGAGCCUUCCUCUUUCUUUUUCUUCUCACUAUCCUUCCUACCAGAGAAAGUUCCCGAUCCCAUACCUCAAUCGAUGUUGCACAUGAGUGGGGACGGUGGAUGCACCUUUUUGUAACUGGUUCCACAUCUGAAACUUGUUCAAACUGGCUUAGCAUCAGAACUUUCCAGCAGGUGCAAAGGUUCCUCAGCUGGUUUGUCAUCUGAGGUGGCUGCUGCUUAUAGUGAAUGAGCGAUCUUGGGCAGAACUGGUCCACUCAAGGGGUGAUUGAAUUGAGAGGAGUGCGAAUAUUGGUGGACUUUCAAAAGGCUGCCGUAGACGUGAUCCAAACGAGUCUCUCAAAAGCCAGCCAACUUGGCAUCAUGACCGGAGUUGAAAUGUCCCCGUCCAGAUGAGGGGUCCUGACCCAGAAUAUCACCGGUCAGUUACCCUCCGCAGAUCCUGCCUGACCCACUGAUAUUCUCCAGCAGUUUGUUUCUUUUUGCUCGAGAGAGAUCCUGAUAUGUUUCCUGAGAAGAAACAGAAAAUGUGGGGAUGGACUUUAAAGAGUGUGGUGAGAAGAGGUCAUGACUGAUGACCCUUCCAGUUUUAUGGAGCUUCCCAAUGAUGAACUUGGGUAUUUUGAGCUAAGACUCCAAUCUAAGAUUUUGGAAGCAAAUUGGUCCUGCAAGGAUUUUGAUUGUAAUUAACUGAUUUAAAGAAUACUAGAUUUCUGAUACUAGGAAUGCAUAUUUUUUAAGGAAUUUCCUUUUAUUUUAGAAAUAUAUUUACAUGUAUCUAGUGAUAUUAUUAUAGAUAUUGAGGUGCUUCAUAGAAGUAUUAUAGACAAUGUAACAGAGCAACAUAGGAUGAAGGGACAAGUGACCGAAAGCUUGAUUGACAGAGUGGGUUUAACAAAAUGGGUUUUACAGCUCAUUUUAUAAGGAGGGGUGGGUGGGGGAGGACAGGGGGACAGACAGAUGCAAUGAGGAAAGUCCAGAGUUCAUUGCCUUGACAGUUGUCGCUUGGCUAUCACUGAUGGAUGAAAGGAAAUUUACGGCUAAUAAAAGAAAAAACAGAUUUAGAUGAAGGCAGAAAUUUGUGGGUUGUAGGAGUGGGUAAAGAAGAUGGAGAAAAAAGUUAAAAUACUUUAAUAUGCUUAGGCCUCCCAGGUGUGCUUAGAAACUCCUGCAUUGGACAUGGCAAACCUCUGAUGAAACUUGUUCGUGAUCACAUCUGUUUAUAUGAACUGGAGAAAGGAUGUUAUGUGAGAAUAGUGAUGUUAGUUGUUCUGUACAUGGGAAAGAGUAAAUAAUUUCUAUCUUUUGCUUGUUUUGACCUCCAAGGGACUACAUCGUAUCAUUCAUUAAUUUGUCAUAUUUUUAAAUUUCUAUUUUCAUAGAAAAGCAAUUGCUUGUGGUCUGGGUUUCAGCGAAUGAAGACUAAUGUUAACUUGGAUCACAUUCUGGGUCCCACACUCAGCUCCUUGUUAAAGGGCAUGGGAAUUGUUAGACAAUGAAAGAUCAGGGUCCAUAUAAUUUACAGUCCACCAUCUUAGUGUUCACUAGUGACUUGGCUCAGUGAUCAGUGUCCAUUUCAAAUACUUUAAGAUAGUUCCAAAGGGGAAUUUGUUAUAUCUGUAUGCAGAUUAUUUGCGGGGAACAAACAGAGUAGGGUGUGAAGUGGGAUUAGACAAUUGAUCUUUUGAGAAUCUGUACAGAUGCCAUCUCAGAUUUCUUCUAAAUGUUUCCCAAAAGUGCUUUAUGAAUCAACAAUUAAGUGCUUCCAACAUCUCCCAAGGGGGUCUCUUGCCUUGUUUCUGGAUUAUGUCUACAGUUUCUAUUGAGUUUCCAGAUUUGUGGUUGCAUAACACAAUCUUAGAAAGAGCUGCCAUGGAAGAUUGAGGUGAGAGGGAAUAUUUACUGGAGGGAUAUUGCUGAGGACCAUGAAUGUCCAAGCCUCCAUAGAGCAGAUUUUUGGCCAGCAGGAAUUGCUUACAGGAAUUGGGCUGGAAUGUGGAGUCGAAACUGACAGGUGGAGAAUGGUUCAGUGAGUUGAACUUCCUUCCAAUUAAGGCUGUCUUUGGAUUAUGAGGCCCUGCCAACACCAAAUGUGCUGGAUCAGAAGGAAUUGUUAAAGAUGGCUCGGGGAGAAGCAGAGUGUUCCCUAUAUUCUGGGUAAGAUUACUCAACUUGUUGCUCUCUGGGGUCCAAAAUGUCUGUCAGACUUCAGUUCAAUGCAGAUUUGAGUCCAGAUGAAGGAUCUCGACCCGAGAUGUCGACUCUCCAUUUUCCUCCAUAGAUCCUGCCUGACUCAGUGAGUUCCUCCAGCAUUCGUGUGCACUCUGGAUCCCAGCUUUCGCAGUCUCUUGUUCUCCACCAUCUCAGUCCAGCGAUUGGUUGUACUUCAAAUUAACUUGCAUUGCGUGCAGGUCUUUUAGUAAUUCAUCACAAAUGAAUUACGUAAAGUGUAACAACGUUCUUCUUUUACAUUCAGUUGAAUCUCUGAAAACACUUUACAACUAGUACUAUAUUUUUGAAGUGCAUCAUUCCCAAGAGAGCAAAAAUAUAUUGGAUUACUAAAAGACAAGUAUUGGAAGUACUCAGCUAGUCAGGCAGCACCUUUGGACUGAGGAUUGGACAUGAUGUUUCGGGCUAGAUCCUUUGUCAAAGGUUUGUGAAGAAAUGGGUGUAUUAAGUUGCAGAGACUGGGAAGGGUGGAGAGAAAAGAGGGGAUGUCUGUUGUUGUGUAGAUAAAAAUUGGCAAGACAAUAAUUAUUUUAAAAACAAUCAGGAAAACCCACAGUUUAGAUGUUUCUUUGUUCCUCAUCUCAAACUACCACCCUUGAAGUAAGUAAUCUCACCAAUUUUAAUCUGGAUUCAGCAUGAAGUUUCCCCUAUUCUUUCCUCCCCCCCCCCCCCCCAAUCACCAUUCCUCCCUCUUUGUGUAUUAACAUGACUUAUUUGCUAUUUUCUCUCUUUCCCUGUUCUGAUGAAAAGUUCUUGACCUGAAACAUCAGCUCCUCUCCGUGCAAGUGCUACCUGAUCUGCUGAGCCCUGCAAUAUUUUGUUUGCUUUGGAUUUUCAGCAUCUGCAGUUGUUUUGGUUCAAAGACCCAUUAGUUCAGACUGGAUUCUAAACUGCUGACUCUGGGGGUUGGGGGGGGGGGAGAGGAUGACAGUGAGCCCCUUACCCCCCUCCUCCCACAUGAUCUCCAGUGAUUAGAGGACAAUAUGUUUGAAGUUACAGAACUGCUAUAUUUGGAAGCCCUUGUUAUUUCUGGCAAGAUGUAGAGAAAGCAAAGUUCUAUUUUGUUUUAAUAUUGUAAAGCUUCGGGGAAGGAUUGAGGACCAAUGUUCAGAGACAGGAGAUCAAUGGCGCUGAAUUUCGAGCCGUAAAGCAUAGAAUAUAUAGUAGUAAGAUUCUGGCCCACUGUCAACCAACCACCAGUUUACAUUUGUCCUACUUUUAAUUGUUUCCUUUAAUAUCCACCACAUACUCAACCCCACCCCCUCCACUCUAUUCCAUUACUCCCUCAUGCCCCAGAGGUAACUAGAGUGCCCAGUUAACCUGCUGUCUUUGUUACCUGACAGGAAACCUAGUUGAACUUUGCUCUCUGUCUACUCGAUGCUGCCCCCCCUACAGACUUGCUGGAGUAUUGAAGGGGUUGCCACUCUGUAUCUAAUUCCCUGCCAGUGGGGCUAGUGCAGAGGGGGCCUUGUCCAGCCAGUGCCGUCCCUGUUGUGCUGGCUCUUCAGUGGGAAUACCGACCAGUGUGAGUCACCUCAAUUUCUCAGGUUGCAGCUUUGUGAGGAGUCACUACUCUCGAGUCAGUGCAGAACCAUCCCGUGGUGUUAGUCCACUCAACUGGAGCGGAUCCCAAUAGGAUCGGGAAACUUCCUGUAUGUUCGUGCCUAUCCCGAAUCAUCAACUUGAAGCUUUCGUGACGCGUAAUAUACUUCUGAAAAUGUACUGUGAUAUCUUUUAUUAACCCUGUGAAGUUACUUGGGUUUAGUGUCCUAUGGAAGAGUUUUUUAAAAUUUAGUUUUGAAGUAAACAUUAUUCAAAUACUAAUCUAGCUUGAAAGAAAGUGAAGAUUUUGCUUGGAAAAUAAAAAUGUUUUUUAAUACAAUUUAAUAAGCAGUUGUGUAUAUGUUAAAUAACUAUGGAAUCCCUCAGGGGUUUGCCUGUGUUCGAUUGACACAGGAUCCCACUGAGUAAGUUACAGGUCUGGUAUCUAAUAAACUGGAUGUGCAAGUUCAAGGACCCUACUUCAGCUGGGGAAUUUGAAUUCAAUUAAAUCAAUCUGGAACAAAAGAAUAGUAUUAGUAAUGUCUGAAACCAAAUCCUUCACCCCAAACUGUGGCCUCUAUUCUUUCAUCGUCUGAACUCCAAAUCCUCUGCCCUCUCGCCCUCCUGAUCUAUUCAUCACUGACUAAUGACAACAUGGUCAGUAUCACAGAUUCUCCACUGCCUGUGCUCUAAUCUACCUCCCUUUGAAACUUGCAGGGCUCUGUUCACCAGAGACUGAACCUAGUGCUCUGACACCUUCUCAGACCUCUUUGUGGACCGUAAUUCUACCAGGACAUUGUCUCCUUGACAGUCAGCAAUCUCUCUGCCACAGCCUUGUAAUACCCCAACCAGUUAGAGUUUGCUUCUAUCAUCGGUGAUAAAAAUCCAUAAGUGGAAAUAUCCUGGGAUUAGAGAGAUGAAUUUUAUAGGUGGGGUGAGAGUGAGAGCCCUUAAUAUGAGGGCAUCAUUUGACUGUGGCUUCAAAGAGCGCCGGUAAACUGCACAAUGGAGUUAUGUGGGGGAGGGGUGCAAGGCAGAGAUUAUUCCUGUUACUUUAUACAAAGGAAGUAACUAAUUCUUGGGAGAUCAAUCAGCCCCACAUCGCUCACUGCAGGAGCAGGUAUCCGACAUCUAACCAUCUUCAACUGAUUCAUCAAGAACUGACCUUUUCUCAAGGUCAGAAGUGGGAAUAUCAGCAAAUGAAUCACUUCAUGUCGAUGUGCAGCAAGGCCCAGGCGACAUUGGCUGAUAGCACUGGACGGCAAAGAUUUUGCUUCCUGAAUACAUUUGGGUGUAGCUUAUGGAUUCUGGGCUGCUGAUCAUGAAAAUCACCAUGAAAUUUCCCUAUCACGCACCGUGUUUUUGAAAUGGCCUAUAUUUGUUAUUCCAAUUCAUAAUUCAAUUGAAAUGUUGCCCAUAAUGUAAGCUGAAAAGUUUCCUAUUUUGUCUGGGCAUGUCUGAAUGUGUUUAGGCAGGGCAGGAUUUAGAAAGUUCAUAAGUUUACGUGAAAGAUUUCAAUAUUUCCCAGAGUAACUAAUGCCAAGAUUGGGGAAGGCGUUUUUGUUGGUCCACAAAUCAAGCAGGUCACCAAUGACAGACAAUUUGAAGAACUUCUAGUGGACCCAGAGAAGAUUGCAUGGAAGGCAUUCAAAGAUGAUGUUGAAAAUUUUCUUGGCAACUACAAAGCACCCAACUACAUGUGCAGCUGGUUGACAACAUGCUUCAAGCAUACAAAACUGAAGUGCAACAUGUCACUAAAGGUUCAUUUUCCACAUUCCCAGACUUCUUCCCUGCAAACCUUAGCACUGCCAGUGAUGAGCAUGGUGAAAGGUUUCACCAGGACAUUGCUGUCAUGGAGAAACGGUGUCAGGGCAACUGGAAUCCAUCAGUGCUGGCUGAUUAUUGUUGGACACUUAAGUGAGAAGCCUCAGACACUGAGUACAAACAAAAAUCAUCAAAAGAUUUUUAGCCGAGUUGAACUAUUGCAAAGCAUCAACACAGUUAUGCAACUAAAUGCAUUGUAUUCAAUAAAAGUUAAUUUAUUGUUUCUCCAAAUUCCUACGUGAUACAUGCGGUUGGAAAUUUGUGUUCAGUUUCAACCGGUCUUAUAGACAAAAAAAAUCCUGAGGAAGCAACACUUUAGAAAAAAAUUUGUUGUCCAGUGUAAAUGACGAGCAACCAAAGUACCCGGUAAUGGCCACCACCAAGUUGCCCACCAUUACUGUCCUAGCUAUCUGCAGUGACUUCACGGGACUAAAUGAAUAAGUGCCUUGCAAAAGUAGGCCAGAGGCUUAAUACCUUGCAGUGAGUGACUCACCCCCUGAUGCCUUGAAGCCUUUUUGAACACGCAACAGGAGUGUAAUGAAUCUGCUGGGUGAGUACAACUCCUGUCUAGAAACUGCACAUGAUCCAGGGCAAAUUAGCCCUCAAGCUUGACACCCUAUCCACCCAGGUACACAAUGGCUGCACUGUUGGCAUUUACAAAGCUGCUCCAACAACAACAACUAAGCUCAUGUCCUCUGCCACCAAGAAGAAGAGUUUCAGUGUCACCUACAGGUCCUCUCCAAGUCUUAACGUUGUCCUGGUUUGGAAAAAUUGUAACGCUCUCUACCCAGCAGCACUGGGAACACAUUUCCCAGAGGACUGCAGUGGUCAGAAGACAGCUUGCUAUACCUCCCUCCCCAUCUUGUGGACAAGUCAAAAACAGAAACAUAGAAAACCUACAGCACAAUACAGGCCCUUCGGCCCACAAAGUUGUGCCGAACAUGUCCCUACCUUAGAAAUUACCAGGCUUACCCAUAGCCCUCUAUUUUUCUAAGCUCCAUGUACGUAUCCAAAAGUCUCUUAAAAGACCCUAUCGUAUCCGCCUCCACCACCAUUGCUGGCAGCCCGUUCCACGCACUCACCACUCUCUGCAUUAAUAAAAAAAAACUUGCCCCUGACAUCUCCUCUGUACCUACUCCCCAGCACCUUAAACCUGUGUCCUCUUGUGGCAACCAUUUCAGCCCUGGGAAAAAGCCUCUGACUAUCCACACGAUCAAUGCCUCUCAUCAUCUUACAAUUAUUAUAAAGUAGGGAAAACACCAUUGUCCUUGUCAGUACGGCACAGGUACCAGAGGGGGAGAAAGUUGCUGUUGGCUGCACGUAGAAUUUGGGAACAGGAGAAAAUCUGCAGAUGCUGGAAAUCCAAGCGACACACACAAAAUGCUGGAGGGAGGGAGCACUCCCCCCCCCCCUUGAUGCUGCCUGGACUGCUGAGUUCCUCCAGCAUUUUGUGUGUGUGGCAUAGAAUUUGGGAGCUGAGUUUUAGAUCUGGGGAUAUCAUAAACCAAAAUGAAACCUGCAGUUCGUAGAAUUAUUUUACUCUUUAGAUUUUUUUGUUGAUUUGCUCAAUGUAAAGUGGGUUCAGAAUCAAGAGCUUAGUCAAUGAAUUUGCAAGUUAGGUGUUUUUUUUUGGAAUAAAAGAGUAACAUUGUUCUGGUCUUGUUGGAGUAUUUUCUUUUGUACAUUGUUCUUUGCAUGUGAGUUACUCCCGUCCCGCUUGUCUGUAUUCCCAGUUCUGUCACCUGUUACUCCUAUCCCUCUUCUCUCUCCAGAAGUCUUUGACAGCAGGUUGGGUCACCAUUGACUGUGGACUGGUUGCACUGGGUUUGACCAAGUCAGUUUGGGACUAGCCAAGGCUGAAUCAGUGCAGAAGGGUCUCGGGCCAAAAUGUUGACUCUUUAUUCCUUUCCAUAAAUGUUUCCCGACCUGUUGAGUUCCUCCAGCAUUUUGUGUGAGUUACAGAUGCUGGCCAUCCAGAGUAGACUUUCUCAUGUUUAAGGUUGGAUCAAGUUGUGAUCAGGUAUAAUUGGGUUUGGAUCAGGCUGAGAUUAACCAUGAUGAGAUUGGGUUGGAAUUGGCUGUGCUUGGGUC